AUUCAAUUUCUCAAAACCCAAAAAUAUUACAUACAUUUAAUUUAUUGCCAUAAUAAUUGAUUGCCCACCAAACCCACUCACUCACUCACUUCACUUAAUUAUUACCAUACAUACUUGAUCUCUCAAGUCUCUCAGGCAAGAUCAUCUCUUUCUCUUCGAUCAACCAUGAAAGAUACUGAUUCACAAUCACUGCCCAUGGUUACCAGGAGAGAAAGCCCUAGACCACCCGUUACCCGUUUCUUCGGUAAGAGUUCGUACAAGUUCUGGGUUAUAGCUGCGGUUCUUCUACUAGCUUUUUGGUCCAUGUUUACUGGUUCCGUUACUCUCAAGUGGUCAACCGGUAACCUCUCUAGGAUCUAUGAUGACUUUAACUCACCUACUUACGACGACGAUCUAGACAUUCUGGAAGUGGAGGAGCGAGUUAAGGUAGUGAGGCACAUGUGGGAUUUGUAUACUCAGAGUAGAAGAACUCAAUUGCCUCGAUUUUGGCAAGAGGCUUUCGAAGCUGCUUACGAAAAUUUGGUCAGUGAUGUCCCUGCUCUCCGAGACUCUGCCUUCUCUGAGAUUGCCAAGAUCUCCAUCCUCACCAAUAAUCUUGAUCCUUUCCAUCUUAAAUCAACGGUCAGUGUAGAAUCGAAGAAAAAGUCCAAGCAUACAGAGAAAAGAAAGGACUUAAAACCAUCGAAGAUGGUAGAUCCCAAGUAGUUUAUAUAUGUUAUAAUUGGGUUAUACUUAGACAUUGUGUUUGGGUAAUUAUGACUAGUCUCCUUCCUAAUAAACCCAGAAAAACGAUUUGGGUUUUUAAUGACUUCGUGUAAUAUGAAUUCAUACCUCUGUAUUUUACAAAAGGAAAAUGUUUCUCUAAAGAAAGAGAGAAAAGAAAGAAAAAAAAGUGAAAAGAUAACUUAUUGAUGA